AACUUUCUUACUCCUUAAAGAGAUAUUUCAAAUUGAGUAAAGCAUAGUUUUGUUUAAAGUUUUGCUCGCCCCUCUUUCUUUGAAAAAGUUGAUUUCGGACGUGUCUGUAAAAAUACUCAAUCAAAUAUUUACAUAUUUUCUUAUAAAUCUAAAUGCUGUUUUAUGUCUUAACCUAAUUUGGUUUUUAAGUGAGUGUUUUGAGGUUGAGAUGAAUGGAAUUUUUAUGUAGAAGUAGGGUUCGAUAGAGCCUCAUCUCAAAGCAUUUAUAAACAAAAAUUUGAUGGCCAAAACUAUAAGAGGAUACUAAGCAAGAAAAUGGUCUAUUUAGCAUAGCAAUUGUACCUUUUUGGUUUAAAUUUGAAAAUAUUGAGUUUUGGAAAAAAUCAAAAUGCUCUACCUAGCUAACAUUGACAGACGGGUACCGUAUGGUUUUUGUCUGGGCUUACGGGAACGGGAUUUUGAAGGCAUGUUUAAGAAUAUUCCUGCAUGGUGCAAUCUGACUGUUGACAAUAUUUGCAUACUGAUACGAGUAAAAGUGACUUCAACAACCAGAAUGUAUUUGAUAAAUAUUAGUAAUGACAGCUCAUAUCGAAACGAGAUAUUGUGUAAAGAGGUAUUCAAAGAAGUCGUUUUAACAACAUUGGAAAAGCCUCCAAUUCCCGAGAUAACCGUGAAAGCAUUCGAUACAUGAUUAAAGAAUCGUUUAAAAGUUUGCUUAAUUUCGACAGUGUAAUAAUAAUUAUUAUUUUUUUGAAAUAAACCAUUCAAGUU